AUGGAAAAACCACAUGUUACGGCUGUACUUUAUCCAGUACAAGGGCAUCUAGUUCCUCUUAUGGAUUUAUCUCUCUAUUUAGUAAAAAAUGGUGUUAAAGUAACUUUUGUGAACACCAAAGAAAAUCAUGAUAGGAUCAAGAACUCAUUGUCAAGUGUAAAUGAUGUAUUAUCAUCUGAAAUUUGUCUAUUAUUGAUUUCUGAUGGAUUAGAAUUCAUAGAAUCUGUGUUGAAUGUUAUGCCGAAGAAAGUUGAGAAGUUUAUUGAAUGCAUUCGUGUUCUUCCUAAUCAGAGUAUUGGUUUGGCUCUUGAAAUGGCUGAAAAGAAGGGAAUUCCUUGUGCUGCUUUUUGUCCUGCUUCUGCAGCACAGUUGGAUUUGGGAUUGAGUAUACAAAAAUUGAUUGAUGAUGGAAUCAUUGACAAAGAUGAACUAUGUUUCGGUCUUGAACGGUCCAAUAGGCCUUUCUUGUGGGUUGCGCAUAUGGAUAUAACAGAACCGACGGAGAAUAUUUAUCCGAAAGGAUUUGAAGCAAGGGUAAGGGGAGGUGAUAGAAGUAGAAUGACGCUGAAUGAUACUCAUGAUUCUUCUCUUAUGAAACAUCAAGGAUAUAAUGCUAUUUAUGCAUCUUUCACUAAUGUUAGCAAAUAA